AUUUCUUCCCGACUGUCCAGAUUAAACCUCUUAUAUCACCCACUAGACAGAUCAUGAGGAUUGGCAUAAAGAACUAUGAUUGGCAUGAGCUCUUUCCCAAAGUCAAGAGUAAUGCUGGUGCAAUUGCUGCUAUUUGGGCUCCUAUUAUACUUGUCUAUUUCAUGGAUGCACAAAUAUGGUACUCUGUCUAUUGUUCCAUAUUUGGUGGAGUUUAUGGAAUUCUUCACCAUCUUGAUUAGGACACUGGGAAUGCUGAGAAUUAGAUUUCACUCUUUGCCAGAUGCAUUCAGUGCAUAUCUUAUACCACACAAGGAGAAAGAUAAUAAGGAAGGAAUCAGUAAGUGGUUCCUCUGCCUGAGAGAAAAGGCUUUCGAAAAGAACAGUAUUGUGAAAUUCGUUGUCCUAUGGAACCAAAUUAUUAGUAGCUUUCGUGAAGAGGACCUCAUAAGUAACAGGGAAAUGCAUUUGAUGAAAAUGCCUUUGUCAUCAGAACUGUUCUCAGGCCAAAUUCGUUGGCCUGUUUUCCUUCUGGCAAAUAAGUUCUCAACUGCAUUGAGUAUUGCAAGAGAUUUUUCGGGAAAGGAUGCUGAUCUUUUGAGAAAGAUUAAAAGAGAUGACUACAUGUACUUGGUAGUAACUGAAUGUUACGACUCGCUGAAGUACAUUCUUGAAAUCCUUGUAGUUGGGGAUUUUGAACAAAGGAUUAUAUCUGGAAUAUUGGAUGAAAUCGAGGGAAGUAUAGGGUGCUCAACACUUCUUGAGGACUUGAACAUGAGUGAAUUACCAGCUCUACAUACUAAAUGUGUUGAAUUACUCGAACUACUGGUUGAGGGAAAUGAAGAACAGUACUGUAAUGUUGUGAAAGCACUGCAAGAUAUAUUUGAAAUUGUUACCAGUGAUCUGAUGCUGAAGGGAUGUAGAACAUUGGAUUCUCUUUAUGCUCAUCGUGAUGGAGAUGAUUCUGAACUUUUCACGCACAUAGAACCACAAUUAUUUGCUUCGGCUCGUUCUAUCCAUUUUCCACUGCCAGAUAGUGGCCUUAUAGUGGACAAGAUCAAGCGUUUUCUUUUGCUGCUUACCACAAGAGAUAAAGCCAUGGACAUACCAUCAAACUUGGAAGCUCAAAGACGGAUUUCAUUUUUUGCAACUUCUUUGUUUAUGGAUAUGCCGAGAGCACCAAAAGUGCGCAACAUGUUAUCUUUCAGUGUUCUGACUCCUCACUACAUGGAGGAUGUGAAAUAUUCAUCAGAAGAGCUUCAUUCUAACAAAGAAGGCGUUUCAAUCCUCUUUUAUAUGCAGAAGAUAUUCCCAGAUGAGUGGGAAAACUUUUUGGAACGUGUUGGAACUGAAAACGUUAAUGCAUCAAAUGAUGAAAUAAAUGAGGAGGAUCUUAGAAAUUGGGCUUCUUUUCGAGGGCAAACUCUAUGCCGAACAGUUCGGGGGAUGAUGUACUAUCAGAAAGCCCUAAAGUUGCAGGCAUUUCUUGACAUGGCUGCAGAUGAUGAUAUUCUUCAAGGUUAUGAUGCCAUAGGGAAGGGGAACGAUACAUUAUCAGCUCAACUUGAUGCACUUGCGGACAUGAAAUUUACGCAUGUUAUUUCUUGUCAAAUGUUUGGUUCACAUAAAUCUUCUGGAAACCCUCAGGCUCAAGACAUACUUGACUUGAUGAUAAGGUAUCCUUCACUCCGUGUUGCUUAUGUUGAAGAGAAAGAGAAGAUUGUAUCAGAGAAAGAGAAGAUUGUAUCAGAUAGGCCUCCUACAGUAUAUUCAUCUGUAUUAGUCAAAGCUGUCAAUGGUUUUGACCAGGAGAUAUAUCGCAUAAAACUCCCAGGUCCACCAAAUAUUGGGGAAGGAAAACCCGAGAAUCAGAACCACUCAAUAAUCUUCACCCGUGGUGAAGCUCUCCAAGCAAUAGAUAUGAACCAAGAUAAUUAUAUGGAAGAAGCUUUCAAGAUGAGAAAUAUCUUACAAGAAUUCCUCCGCGAGCGAGGACCGAGGCCUCCCACAAUUCUUGGGAUGAGAGAACACAUAUUUACAGGAAGUGUAUCUUCUUUAGCAUGGUUCAUGUCAUAUCAAGAGACCAGCUUUGUUACCAUCGGCCAAAGACUUCUAGCUAAUCCACUCAGGGUUAGAUUCCAUUAUGGACAUCCUGAUUUGUUUGAGAGAAUUUUUCACCUAACAAGAGGUGGAGUUAGCAAAGCAUCAAAGACAGUAAACUUGAGCGAGGAUGUGUUUGCAGGUUUUAAUACUACACUGCGACGGGGAAAUAUCACUUAUCACGAGUAUAUGCAAGUUGGCAAAGGGCGUGAUGUUGGUCUCAACCAAAUUUCAAAGUUUGAAGCCAAAGUAGCAAAUGGCAACAGUGAACAAACUCUAAGCCGUGAUAUAUACUGCCUUGGGCGUCGAUUUGACUUCUUCCGAAUGCUCUCUUGUUAUUUCACCACCAUUGGCUUUUACUUUAACAGCCUGAUAUCAGUAAUUGGAAUAUACGUAUUCCUAUAUGGGCAGCUAUACCUGGUCCUUAGUGGUUUACAAAGAGCACUGCUUCUUGAGGCUAGAAUACAAAACAUAAAAUCAUUAGAAACUGCUCUGGCCUCCCAGUCAUUUAUCCAGCUUGGGCUCUUGACAGGCUUACCUAUGGUGAUAGAGAUUGGACUUGAAAGAGGAUUCCUUAAUGCUCUUAAAGAUUUUGUUCUCAUGCAACUGCAGCUAGCAGCCGUUUUCUUUACUUUUUCUUUUGGAACAAAAUCUCACUAUUAUGGUCGAACUAUUCUUCAUGGAGGAGCCAAGUAUAGACCAACUGGCCGUAAGGUGGUGGUUUUCCAUGCCAGCUUCACUGAGAACUAUAGGCUGUACUCUCGCAGCCACUUUGUAAAAGGAUUUGAGUUGCUGCUUCUGUUGAUUGUGUAUGAUUUGUUUAGGCGGUCCUUCCAAAGCAACAUGGCUUAUGUGUUAAUUACGUAUGCAAUAUGGUUCAUGUCAAUGACUUGGUUGUUCGCGCCAUUUCUGUUUAAUCCUUCGGGUUUCAACUGGGGUAAGAUAGUUGAUGACUGGAAGGGUUGGAACAAGUGGAUUGUGCAGCAAGGUGGAAUUGGAAUCCACCAAGACAAGAGUUGGCAGUCCUGGUGGUAUGAUGAGCAAGACCAUCUUCGUCAUUCAGGGCUGGGUUCUCGGUUGAUAGAAAUCCUGCUUUCACUUAGAUUUUUCAUUUAUCAGUAUGGAUUGGUCUAUCACCUUGACAUAUCCAGGCAAAACAAAAAUUUCAUCGUUUAUGUCCUCUCAUGGGUUGUCAUUGUCAUGAUUUUUCUGCUGAUCAAGGUGGUGAACUUGGGGAGGAAAUAUUUCAGUGCGAACUAUCACCUAGUAUUCCGGCUAUUUAAAGCACUAAUUUUCCUUGGAGUUCUGGCUACCAUUAUUACUCUGUCAAUCAUUUGUGAUCUAUCUUUCAAGGAUUUGGUUGUUUGCUGUCUGGCCUUUCUGCCAACUGGUUGGGGGUUGAUAUUGGUUGCACAAGCUGUUAGACCCAAGAUUGAAGGCACUGCAUUGUGGCAUUUCACCAGGGUUUUUGUUCAAGCAUAUGAUUAUGGCAUGGGUAUAGUUCUUUUUGCACCAAUUGCUUGUCUGGCAUGGCUUCCCAUCAUUUCAGCUUUCCAGACUCGUUUCCUUUUCAACGAGGCUUUCAGUAGGAGACUGCACAUUCAACCAAUUCUUGCAGCAAAGAAGAAGAAGCAUAGAUGAUCUUAACUGUAAUCGAGUUUAAUGUACAUAAGAUCUGUACAUGCAGAAGUAAUACGAAAAUCAUUUUCGUGUAUAGUUAGGAUAACCAAUUAUCCUAUGCUAAGCUCAUUAUUUAUUCAGGGAAUAAGGAGACAGGCUUAGAUGUUUAAGCUCCUAUUGGCUUUCAAUUGCAUUCAUCCGCCUAUAACAAUGAAUUGUCCUAGUGACAAUCAUACACCUUUUACAGGCUUAAAGUUGGACUUAAUUGUUGCAUCAAGUAUUCUUGAAACUUAAAUGAUGUUUUCUUGCUGUGA